CCUGGAGCCUAAAAUCUGCGCUCGCUUUCCCUGCAAUCCCAAGCCACUAUCAUCCGUCUGGUCCCAACGAUUACACGGCAUUUUCGUUGAUCACGGCGAACCGAGGACAUGCCACCCUCGACAAGAAGACGAACACAGCAUCACAUGCCGCCUCCUCCAGCGGACUUCUCCGGUAGCGACGAUGACGUAGACGAAGAAGAGCUGGAUCCAUCCGAGGAAGAUAUCGACGACAUGGGAGAUGACAUGGCAGCAAUGGAGGGAGAGGAAGACUUGGACGAAGAGGAAGGACUCGCAUCACCAGGUGGUCCAGAUACACCCCUCCCAAACCUCGAACCACCACCCUCCUAUCUGCGUGAGAUCAGCACGCUAGCAUCCUGGACAGUGUCUUCUUCAAAACCUGGCUGCUCCAUCCCUCAACUUCGUCAUCCCUCCCCUUCGCUCUUCUGGCAGUCGGACGGUCCACAGCCGCACUACCUGAACAUACAUUUUUUCAAGCUUGUUCGUAUCGUCGGUCUGCGUCUAUAUCUUGACUUCGAGCAAGAUGAGUCCUACACGCCAACACGCAUCAUCUUCCUCGCCGGCUCCGGAAUGAACGAUCUCCAAGAAUGGGGCGAGAUGCGCCUAGAAUCGCCUCGCGGCUGGAUAUGGGCCGACUUUAGCAACGUGGGCGACGCCUCAGACGACUCUUCUGCCGAAGAAGAGGACAGCGAAGACGACGAGGCAUUCCAGGCGCGCAUGCUCCGCGGCCUACACCGUCCACGCAACCGCACAACAUCCGAACACCGCUCCAGCGACAGCGAAAACAUGCCACUCCCGCCCCAACGCCAACGCGUACCCAGCAACUUCCCCACACAUCUCGAUACUCCCCAACAGCUCUUCGACACCCCCGCCACCGCGCCCCAGCUCUCUCAACAUCGGACCCCGCAUUUUACGCCACAUUUUACGCCCCAAGCUGCUCAUGAGACGCCCACGCUCCCGCGUCCAGCGCCCCGUCUCCCCUUCGGUAGUCUCAGCCCCAACGCUGCACCGCCGCACGCCCGCGCUGCACGACGCCCCAAGAUGCCGGUGCUGAGAGCGCACCUAGUGCAGAUAAAGAUCCUCGAGAACCACCAGAACGGAAAGGAUACGCAUCUGCGCGGGCUGCAGAUCUUUGCGCGGAACGACGAAGGCGAUAGGAGUGCCGUGAGGGGCACGAAGGUGCAUGCAAGUGAUGCGGUGACGGGGGCUGAUUUGGGCGGCGUGGGGACGAUGAGGACGGGGCAAGGACGCGUGCAGAGGGAGGAGGUGCUGGAGUUGGGCGGGUUGAAUGGGGCUUUUGAUCUUCGGUGAUGGCAUAACGACUGAGUGCCUAGCGACAGAUGAUGACCAUAACGACUAUUUAAGAUACGUAGCAUAGCUUCGCGCACGGCGUUUGGAUCGUUACGGUUGAAGACUAAGAAUUCUGUAUUGCUCAAACGCCACCACUAUUUUCCCCUUUCCUUGUUGGCACAACUUUUAUUUACAGUCCUGAGAAAAUUCGCAUUGACGCACCUCUAUGCAGCACAAACGCCUUGCAUAUCGGUCUAUUCGAAAGAAGGAAAUGGUAUAAGCCUCAUUAACACACCUCUCGAAGCAAAUUCACCCUGUCUGGGUUGUAUUUCUGUCUUGCCUUGGCUUCAGGGCAUCAGGUAGUAUGCCUAGAACACACCCUUGCCCUCAUUCUUGUCGAGG